ACAGAGUGCGCAUGCGUGAUCAUUCAGCAACGUUCUGUCUCAGAAAGACGCUAGUGCUCCGGAGCGUCGUCACCAGGCAUGACUGAACAACGAAAAGGUGGACACACGCCUCCCGUGUUUGCCUUCAUCGAAGAAGCAACCCCGGGUACAAGCCGUGAAGGCGGCGAGGGAGCCUCAGGCACUUGCAACGAUUACCCUGCGUAUAUUGACGAGUACAUCAAUGACGCGUUGAAGGCGUUGAACCGCCAGACUGAUGCCACUGACGUCAAUGAUGCCACUGACAGCGGAAGCACCAACUACGCACCUGUUGUGUCCACCGCUAGUACCGAUCACGCCUGGCCCAGAACGAGCCACGAUGGCAUCGAGAAACUAUCGUCUACUACGAAAGACACCGCGAGCAAUUCUGACGAUGCCUGGCGUUACCAAUGGAACACUCAGCCGAGGCGAAUAACCGGCGGUACCUACAACGUCGACAGUGUCACUGACAAUGGUAGCACAAGUUACCUGCACCUGGGGUCCAGCAACAGCUUUGAUCACGCAUGGCCCAGCACAAGCCGCACAGGCAUGGAGGAAGCAUCAGCCAUUAUUGAAGGCGGCGCCAGAAUUCCUGAGACAACCCGUGUUCACCAACGGAACCCGCAGUACCACCCGGCUGAUGGCGGAUCUACCGACUGUGGCCAUAUACGUAACACAGCAACCGGAAGCACUGGUUUCACACUUCCGGUCUACAGCAGCAGCGGCGACGUUGACGCAGUGGCCAGUACUAGCUAUGCUCCAAUGGGGGAACCAUCGGACAUUUUUGGAAACGAUGCUUGCAAUUCUGACGACACCUGGCGUUGCCAAUGGAGCACUCAGCACAGGCCAAUAACCGACGGGACUUACUACGUCGACGGUGUCACUGACAAUGGUAGCACAAGUUACCUGCACCUGGGGUCCAGCAACAGCUUUGAUCACGCAUGGCCCAGCACAAGCCGCACAGGCAUGGAGGAAGCAUCAGCCAUUAUUGAAGGCGGCGCCAGAAUUCCUGAGACAACCCGUGUUGACCAAUGGAACACGCACUACCACCUGGCUGAUAGCACAUCCACCGACUGCGGGCAUACAGGCCACACAGAAACCAGAAGCACUGGCUUCACACUUCCGGUCUACAGCAGCAGCAGCCCAGUGGCCAGUACAAGCUACGCGCGCAUGCAGGAACCAUCGGGCAUUUUUGGGAACGAUGCUUGGAAUGCUACUGGAACAGGAGGGAGGGAACAGCAAGAGUUGUCCGGUGCAUGUUCCAAUGUUGCCAGCAGACAGAAUGCCUUACACGGGCACACCAAGGAACACACGGGCGAUAGAGCCCACACUUACAAAGGAGGUGAUUCUGUGAAACACUGCCGGAAUACACCAGGCAAAAACCACAAAUGCGCAGCCUGCGGCAAAAUGUUCCACCGGGCUAGUCUUCUUGCCUCACAUUACCGCACGCACACAAACGAGAAACCGUACAAAUGCGAAAUAUGUGAAAAAUCGUUUCGGCAAUCUCAUCAUCGAGAUAUCCACAAACGCAUACAUACAGGCGAGAGACCGUACACUUGCAAAACAUGUGGUAAAUCAUUCGCGGACUCGUCGCAUCACCGUACACACAGCUACACUCACACAGAGGAAAAAUGCCAUGUCUGUCAGAAGUGUACUAAACCAUUCAAAACCAAAGAUAGCCUCAAACAUCAUCACAAAUGGUGCUAUGGGGACAGAGCUUUCGUUUGCGAGAUAUGUAAUGCAUCCUUCAAGAACAACGCAGGUCUCGGUCGUCACCGUCUAAGCCACAUGGAUGAAACCCCGUAUUAGUGUACGCAGAGCGCAUUUGCUUCCGCAGAGAAAGCCUUUGACGUACAGCUGUACCAGAAUAUUGCCUGCUAAUUAUGUGGAGAUGCAUUCGGAGACGACGAUCAACUUAUUACACACUUCGGGACACACAUGGGUGUGCAGACAUAAUAGUCUGACUAGUGCGCAAUUAACGAAAUCGCCCGCGGCUUUUGCAUACCAACGUGAAAGUGAAGCAGUGCAGGGAAGCAACGCUGAUAAUCUUUCAGAGGAUCCACGAGCUAACUAAACGCAUUGUGUGUAUAAGCCGUCUUUUUUUGACGUGUAAAGCGGCCUAGUAAAAUGAGUGAUGUGAACGAUGCCAUCUGGUUUCUGCAAAUUAUAAGAAUAGACGUCGUCGCCAGAAGUAUUUGGGCUGCUUCAAUGUCGAAGUAUACGGCAGAUCCUAGCCAGCGCUUACUGCUUGUAUAACUGCAUUUGUUUUUCACGAACGCAGCAUUAGCAAAUUUAUUUCAAGACAAAUCCUUAUGGGCUGCAAGUUUCUGUUUUAUGUAAUCACAA